AUGAAGUUUUUUAGCAGUAAACGCACCGAGCAUGCUGGCGAAGGCGAGCAUCUCGAGCGCAAGACCUCUCCCGACACCGAUGGUCGCAUCACCUUCUUGGCCUGCUUCAUGGGCCUCGUCGCCUCCAUGGGAGGAAUGAUCUUCGGCUACUCUAGUGGACAGAUCUCUGGUUAUUUCAUGAUGAAGGAUUAUGGCGAGCGAUUCGGCGAACCCAACGGCGAUGGCACUUACAACUUCAGCGCCGCCCGACAAGGAACAAUUACCGGUCUUCUUUCAAUUGGCUGUCUAUUCGGCUCUCUUGUCGCUGGUAAUCUAUGUGAUACCAUUGGUCGUCGCAUGACCAUCUCCGUUUCCGCCCUGUCGACUUGUAUCGGAACUGUUAUCGAGGUCGCUUCCCAGGACGCCUGGUACCAACACGCCAUUGGCCGAAUGGUUACAGGUCUUGGUGUCGGUGCUCUCUCUGUCUCUGUUCCCAUGUACCAGUCCGAGAGUGCUCCUGCCAUUAUCCGAGGUCUCAUCGUCUCUUGCUACCAGCUCUUUGUCACACUCGGUAUCUGGUGUGCCGAGAUGGUCAACUGGGGAACCAACGACUACGCCGGCAGUGCUUCUUGGAGAAUCCCCAACAGCCUCAACUUCCUUUGGGCCCUUCUCCUCGGUGUCGGUAUCCUCUUCCUUCCUGAGUCUCCCCGAUUUGCCUACCGAAAGGGUAAGGAGGAAGAGGCCCGCAAGACCAUCGCCAACCUUGCUGGUCUCGACAUCAACUCCCCCAGUGUUAACCGCCAGAUCGCCGAGAUCAAGGAGAAGCUUGACGAAGAGCGCGCUCUCCCCGAGACCCGCCUCAUUGAGAUCUUUACUGGCGAGCGCAUGAUGUACCGUACCAUCCUCGGUAUUGUCCUCCAGGCCGGUCAACAGCUCACUGGUAUCAACUUCUUCUUCUACUUCGGUACCACUGUCUUUGCUUCCACCGGUCUCAAGGACAGCUACGUCACCCAGCUCAUUCUCGGCUCUGUCAACUGUUUCUGUACCUUCGGUGGUCUCUACGUUGUCCAGAAGUGUGGUCGGAGAAAGUCUCUCAUGAUCGGAGCUGCUUGGAUGAUGAUGUGCUUCUUCAUCUACGCCUUCGUUGGUCAUUUCGCUCUCGACCGUGCGAACCCUCUCAACACCCCCGCUGCCGGUACCGUCCUCGUUACCUUCUCCUGCUUGGCCAUUGUCGCCUUCGCUACCACCUGGGGUCCCCUUGUCUGGGCCGUCGUCGCUGAAAUGUACCCCUCUCAAUACCGCAGUCGCUGCAUGGCUCUCGCCACCGCUACCAACUGGCUCUUCAACUUCCUCAUCGGUUUCUUCACUCGCUUCAUCACUGAUGCUAUUGACUACUUUUACGGUCUCGUCUACGCCGGAUGUUGUGCCGCCCUCGUCGCCAUUGUCUUCUUCUUCGUCAUCGAGUCCAAGGACCGCAGCCUCGAGGAGAUUGACACCAUGUAUGUCCAGAAGGUCAACCCUAUCACCUCUUCCAAGUGGAUCCCCAACAACACCUCCAAGGGUGCUCGUGAGGGUGUCACUGAUGAGGAGGCUUCUUCUUAA